UCCAGUCAGGAGUGUGGAUUUGGCUGCUCCCUGGUCGAAGCGUCUGUCCAGCUGUACACUCGGAAUGACAGCACAGCACAUUAGUCUAGUAUUAGCUGAGCUCAAAAUAAGUUUAAUGACAUAGAUGCCAUGGGUUGUUAGUAUCUGCAACAUAGUUUUAUAUGAUGUAACUCUGAUGAGUCGAAGGUAGGGGCGGUCAGAAAUAGUUUAGGUCGAGUUAGUGCGAGCGGUUAAUGCUAACUAACAAUUAGCUUGCUAAUGAGGAAUUUAAUGCAAGUUAACCGCGAAGGCUAAGGGGUAAAUUAUUGAUUGCGGUCCGAUAAAAGGGGCUUUGGGACAUUUCGCAACCAGGGCUGUUGUUGGGAAAAGUUUUAUUGAGAUUUAGGAAUCAUGGCGUCGAUGUAGUUUGACUGAGUUUGGGCUGUCAACAAGCUCGCUGCUGACGUUAGCUAACCCUGGCUAGCCAGCUAACUCUCCUGCCACCAUGGCCAAAACAGAGAACGGCCGCCCGUCAGUGGACAUGGGGAGCAUCAGGACGCUGAACAGCAGCCACAUGGAGGAUGAGAGCUCCCUGGGAUCCGACUCGGAGAUCAACGGCUUCACUAGCGAGAGGCAAGCCGACAGAUACGGCUUUAUCGGCGGGGCGCAGCAGUACUCGGAGGAGUCCGCUCAGGACGUCCCCCCCGAGGUGCUGAGGCAGCGCGAGGUCAAGUGGCUGGACAUGCUCAGCCACUGGGACAAGUGGAUGAUCAAGAGGUUCAAUAAGGUGAGACUCCGUUGUCAGAAGGGGAUUCCUCCCGCCCUGAGAGGCCGCGCCUGGCUCUACCUUUCAGGAGGGAAGGUGAAGAGGGAACAGAACCAAGGAAAGUUUCAGGAGCUGGACAGUCAGCCAGGAGACCCAAAAUGGCUCGAUGUGAUUGAGAAAGAUCUCCAUCGACAGUUUCCUUUUCACGAGAUGUUUGUGUCGCGAGGGGGACACGGGCAGCAGGAUCUGUUUCGUGUUCUCAAGGCAUACACUCUGUACAAACCGGAUGAGGGAUACUGCCAGGCCCAGGCCCCUAUUGCUGCUGUUCUGCUGAUGCACAUGCCUGCUGAGGAUGCUUUCUGGGGAUUGGUCCAAAUCUGCGAGAAGUAUCUUCCUGGUUACUACAGCCCAGGCUUGGAAGCGAUCCAGUUAGACGGAGAGAUCCUGUUUGCUCUGCUGCGCCGCGUCUCCCCAGUAGCCUUCCGGCACCUGGAGAAACAUAAGAUCGACCCCAUCCUUUACAUGACUGAGUGGUUUAUGUGUGCCUUCUCCAGAACCCUGCCCUGGGCUUCAGUGCUGCGUGUCUGGGACAUGUUCCUCUGUGACGGAGUCAAAAUCAUUUUCCGGGUGGGUUUGGUGCUGCUUAAGUGCACACUAGGGACUCGUGAGAAGCUGAAGAACUGCCAGGGUCUGUACGAAACCAUGGAGCUCCUCCGGGCUAUUGACCCUCGCUGCAUGCAGGAGGGAUUCCUGGUCCGAGAGAUUCUCGAAGUGCCCGUGACAGCGCGGGACGUAGACAAAGAGCAUCACACCCAGAUCAAACGCUGGAAGAAGAACCGCGGCGAGUUGAAUUUCAAGCCCGCCCCGAGGAUGCACGGCGCCCGCAUCAUCAUGCAGGCCGAGCCGCCCAGGCGCCAGGACCUGCAGCAGAACCCCACUAUUGUGCUGGAGGUUCCCGAGCCUCCCCAGAAGCUGAACAAGGGCAAAGAGGAGCGGAAGAGUAAGAAGAAAAGGAGCAUAAAGAAACCGACCGCCAUCGAGGAGAUCCCAAACCCGUACCCUCUCCUCACAGGUCCGCCUCCUCAAUCCUUGAAUCCUCCUCCACCGUCUUUGAAUCCUCCUCCACCGUCUUUGAAUCCUCCUCCACCAUCCUCGGCUACACCUCCACCAUCCUUUGAUCUGCCUUCUCCAUUCUUGGAUCUGCCUUCUCCAUCCUUGGCCCCGCCUCCCCCACCCUCAGAUCCGCCUUCUCCUCCUCCUUACGCCACCGUAACCCCGGAGACCUCGCCAGAAACUGAAACGAACUCCAAUCACCAGCAGAGCGCGCCUCCUACGGACCUUCCUGCUGCCAAAGAAUCUGCUCUGCAGCAAUCCACACAAAGCCUUAGCAGCUCAGAGCAGGAUACAUACCUGUAGCUGUAAAAGCUGCACAGCCGUGUGUGUGUGUGUUUUCAUAUGUUUGUGUGUGUAAAAAGCACCAGCACCCUACAAUCAAAAAGCCAGCCUAGCUGAAGUCUCCCAACUGGCCAGCAUUCUCGUUAAUCUUAGCGCUGGACUUUUCUCUUCUUUUGUAUUCAUGUUAAACACACGUUUUCCUGUAUUAUUAUUCACAUACUCUAAAAACGUAAGUGCAAAGUGUACAACUACUCAAAUCCCGUUAGUUGACCACGUCAAGCUGCAGCUUCCACAUUAGAUGCUGAAUGCUCACUGCAAGUCAAGUUACAAAGUGUUUGUGCAUUAACAUAGAAGGUGCCAAAGUCAUGCAACUUCUGCUCAAGUUUAACACUAGGAAUUUACCAGGUAACAGGCCAGCACACCAAGACGUUUCUGGUUUAGUCCACCAGAGGGCAGCCUCACACAACCUCAACCUGUUUUUCCACAUUGCUAGGACAACUGACCACAGUACUGAGUCACUAAAUGUGCUCUCUUUUUGUAUUUGCUUAUCACAAACAUUUUUGCUUUCAGUCAAGCUGUUGUGCCGCAAAUAUCUCCGGAGUUCAUCGUCUUCCACCAGCAGGUUUCUACGUUGUUGGACAGGAGAACACGGGACAUUCCUCUUUCUUUGACACAUUCCUGCCUUCUUAAACGUUAUUCACUUCAGAAGCUGUCUCUUGUAGAUAUGCAGAUCUGUGUAACGUGGGCGUGUGUAAGGUGGGCGUGUGUGCGCACACGUACCUCCCAUCAAAACGCGAUCAGUGAAUGACUGCAGAUCACCUGUGGGUGCUGACCUUUUCUUUUUACGUUACUUGAGAAUUUGUAAGAACAAAGGUCAAUUUUUGGGGGGACUUUUUUUUUAGUUUUCUACAGCUAGGUCUUCCAAAGAAAUAUGAGACUGUUCUGAGACUUAUCCGUGAUAUUGUGCUGCGUUCACGGUCAAUAGGGAUUAUGGGAUUUCCACGUGGGAGAUUUGUAGUGUUUUUUUUAAAAAAUGUAAUUACUUAUACAGAGACCUUCAGGGGUUGUGAGGCUUUUUUUUUUUUUUUUUUUUUGUAUUUCAAAACACAACAAUCCAUGUCAGUCCAGCUCUUGUUACUUUUAUCACUAAAUGUAACCACACACUUGUGGAUGUGAGAGUGUAUAAAAACGUCAAAUAAUAUAUAUAAAAAUAUCUGUAAAAAAAAAACCCACAACUUGGAAAGCAGUGGGGAUUAGGAUGAUAUGUGACAUCUGUAUGCAAUUUCUUUUUUUAACAUUUGUCUUCUGUGUUUAAAUGCUUUUUUGUGUAGAUAUGACAUGUGAAAAAAGAUUUUUGUCUUUUAAAAAAAGCAUAAUGCUGAAUUUGUACUGAGUGGUUAAAGAAACAGACUUUAAGUCAAAGUAGGCCAACUUAACACUAGAAAAAAGGUUCAAAUAUGGAGAUUGCAGGAAACUUGCCACUUUUUUUUUCCCCCCUCACUCCAAAAAGAUUAUUUUGUCUUUUUUUUUUUUUUUUUACACUAGAGAUACAGAAGAAGUGUGAUUAACACGGAGGCUUGAGUUUUAUAGUUGCGGGAAAAUGUUUUUGGUUGUUCUCGCAUGAAACAUUUGUUGCACGUUUGAUUGCCCCCAUCUGCCAGUAGUGCGGUGUGUCCUGCUCACCAGCAGAUGGCAGACAGGAGUCACUGCUUUGAACUGUUCUCCACUGUGGGUUACAUUAACUUUUUUUCUUUUCUAAUACAGUUGCACCUUUUUACUAAACGUAUGGAUAAAGUUAACUGCAUAUUUCCAUUACAUUUGUAAACAUGCUACAGCUGAGGUUGACGUUACAGCUCUCAUUUUGAAUAAAGCCUAUAAACGUAUGUAAACAUGAA